AUGCACCAUGGCGGUGGUCCCCCGAGCGCCCAGCUCCCGCUGCAGCGGUCCCGCUCUUUCACUGGUGGCAGCGAGGGCGAGGAGCAGCAGCCCCACUCCGGUCUGCCCCAGUCCCCGGCCACGGCCUUUGCCCCGUCCGCCAGCCCGUCUGCGCCCCAGUCGCCUGGCUACCAAAUCCAACAGCUGAUGAGCAGGAGCCCGGUGGCGGGGCAGAACGUGAACAUCACCCUGCAGAACGUGGGCUCGGUUGUGGGCGGCAGCCAGCAGAUCACGCUGGCACCCCUGCCACUGCCCAACCCCACGUCGCCUGGCUUCCAGUUUAGCACUCAGCAGAGGCGCUUUGAGCACGGCUCUCCGUCUUACAUCCAGGUCACCUCCCCGCUGUCCCAGCAGGUCCAGACCCAGAGCCCCACGCAGCCCAGCCCAGGGCCGGGACAGGCCCUGCCGAGCGUGCGGGCUGGCGCCUCGGGUCCCGGGCUGGGCCUGUGCAGCACCAGCUCUUCGGGUGGCUUCGUGGACGCCAGUGUGCUGGUGCGGCAGAUCAGCCUGAGCCCCUCGAGCGGGGGCCAUUUUGUGUUUCAGGAGGGGGCUGGCCUUGGCCAGCUGGCUCAGGGUGCGCCCAUGGCUAUGCGGGAGCGGAGACUGUCCCAGCCACAUGCACAGUCUGGGGGCACCAUCCACCACCUGGGGCCCCAGAGCCCAGCAGCAGGUGGCACCAGCAUGCAGCCCCUGGCCAGCCCCGGGCACCUUGCCACAGCCAGCCUGCCCCCCCAGCUGAGCAGCCUGAUCCAGGGGCAACUGAUGCAGCAGCAGGUGCUCCAGGGCCAGCAGCUGAGCCGGCCCCUGGGCUUUGAGAGGACCCCGCAGGGUGUGCUCCUGCCCGGUGUGGGCGGGUCCCCAGCUACCACAUCCAUGGCAUUCGGCAUGACAUCCCCACCCCCGCCCACCAGCCCCUCCAGGACCUCCGUGCCCCCGGGCCUGUCCAGCCUUCCGCUCACAUCUGCAGUGGGUGUUCGAAAGGCUCCCCGGAAGCUGGAGGAGAUCCCUGCUGCGUCUCCAGAGAUGGCACAGAUGCGGAAGCAGUGCCUGGAUUACCACUACCGAGAGAUGGACGCCCUCAGGGAGACGUUCAAGGAGUACUUGAUUGAACUGUUCUUCCUGCAGCACCUGCAGGGGAACAUGAUGGACUUUCUGGCCUUCAAGAAGAAGCACUAUGCUCCGCUGCAAGCGUACCUUCGACAGAAUGACCUGGACAUUGAAGAGGAAGAGGAGGAGGAAGAGGAGGAAGAAAAGUCAGAAGUCAUCAAUGAUGAGCAGCAAGCACUCACAGGGACCCUGGUGGCUGCUGGCAGCACGAUCGAGGUGGACCCUUUCCAACGGCAGUCAGCACUGCCUCCACAGGCAGGUAUGUCCCAGCAAUCCAAGAGGCCUCGACUGGAAGUGGGUCACCAAGGGGUGGUUUUCCAGCACCCAGGGGUGAGCACGGGCGUUCCUCUCCAGCAGUUAAUGCCAACGGCUCAAGGAGGGAUGCCACCCACUCCACAGGCUGCACAGCUCACAGGGCAGAAGCAGAGCCAGCAGCAGUACGACCCAUCCACAGGCCCACCUGUGCAGAAUGCUGCCAGCCUCCACACCCCGCCACCACAGCUACCCACCAGGCUCCCUGCUGCGGGUGCCCCUGCCACAGCCCCAACGGCCACACUGCAGUUCUCACAGCAGACCCCUGUGAUGGAGUCGCAGACGCAGCUCCAGAUGUCCACGAAGGCCCAGCAGCCCACAGGGCCCAUCCCUGUGCCCCCAUCCAGCCAAUUCCCGGCUCCACCACAGCAGCCUGCCCAGCCCACACUCCAUGUCCCACUGCCUGGGAAGGCCCACGUGCAGGUGUCACAGCUCCCGACCCAACCACAGACUGUAGCACUGACGAGACCCCCCCUGGAGUCUGCCCAGCCCUGCCAGAGGCCUCUGCCCACCUCUUCUACCUCGUCCCUCACUCCCGUGGGCAGUUCGGGCCCAGGACCCUCACCUGCACGAGCCUCGCCUGUGAAUAGACCUUCCUCAGUGACUAACAAGUCUCUGUCUCCCGUCACAUCCCGGUCCCCGGGGGCAGCCAUCCCUGUCCCCUCCAAGGCACAGAGCCCAGCUCAGAAUGCCACUGCGUCCCUGGACAGUUCUCAGGAGAAGCUGGCAGAACAGAUAACACUGGAGAACCAGGUCCAGCAGCGUGUCUCUGAGCUGAGGAAGGAGGGCCUGUGGUCACCACGGCGGCUGCCAAAGCUGCAAGAAGCCCCGAGACCCCGGGCACACUGGGACUCCCUGCUGGAGGAGAUGCAGUGGAUGGCUACCGACUUCGCCCAGGAGCGCAGGUGGAAGGUGGCUGCUGCCAAGAAGCUGGUCAGAACUGUAGCUCGCCAUCAUGAGGAAAAGAAGCUUCGUGAGGAGAGAGGGAAGAAGGAAGAGCAGAACCGGCUGAGACGCAUAGCAGCAUCAACGGCUAGGGAGAUCGAGUACUUCUGGUCCAACAUUGAACAGGUUGUGGAAAUAAAACUACAAGUAGAAUUAGAAGAAAAAAGGAAAAAAGCCUUAAAUAUACAGAGAGUUUCCAGACGAGGAAGAGAACCCCGGAAGCUGGGACUUGACACUCUACCGGAACGCUUCCUGGAUUCAGGAAUGUCUGGAAGGAAAAGAAAAGCCAGCACAUCUCUAACGGAUGAUGAAGUGGAAGAUGAAGAGGAAACAAUUGAAGAGGAGGAAGCAAACGAAGGAUUGGUGGACCACCAGACAGAGCUGUCAAAUUUAGCCAAAGAAGCGGAAUUGCCCUUAAUUGAUCUGAUGAAGUUGUAUGAAGGUGCCUUUUUGCCAAAUUUCCAGUGGCCUCAACCUAAACCCGACAGUGAAGAGACAAGCGAGGAAGAAGAUGUGGAGGACAGCCUGAGUGACAGGGACAGUCGGAAGGAUCUGGUCCUCAUAGACUCCCUGUUCAUUAUGGACCAGUUUAAGGCUGCGGAGAGGUUGAGCAUCGGAAAACCAAACACCAAGGACAUUGCAGAAGUGACCGCCGUGGCUGAGGCCAUCCUUCCCAAGGGCAGUGCUCGAGUCAUAACCGCGGUGAAGUUUAACACCCCAUCCCUGCUCUAUGGAGUGCUCCGAGACUACCAGAAGAUUGGGCUGGACUGGCUGGCUAAGCUCUACAGAAAGAGGCUCAAUGGUGUCCUGGCCGAUGAGGCGGGGCUCGGCAAGACCGUGCAGAUCAUCGCCUUCUUUGCCCAUCUUGCAUGUAACGAAGGUAAUUGGGGCCCCCAUCUUGUUGUUGUGAGAAGUUGUAACAUACUCAAGUGGGAGCUUGAGCUGAAGCGCUGGUGCCCUGGGCUGAAAACCCUCCUGUAUGUUGGCAGCCACCGUGAGCUCCGAGCCAAGAGACAGGAGUGGGCGGAACCCCAUGGCUUCAACGUCUGUAUCACGUCCUACAAACGCUUCUUCAAGGGCUAUCACUCCUUCGCCAAAGUGCGCUGGAGGUGCCUGGUCAUUGACGAGAUGCAGCAGGUGAAGAACAUGACCGAUCGGCACUGGGGAGCUGUCUUCAACCUGCACAGUCAGCAGCGCCUGCUUCUGAUUGACUCACCUUUGCACAACACCUUCCUGGAGCUGUGGACCAUGGUGCACUUUCUCAUCCCAGGGAUCUCCAGGCCCUACUUGAACUUCCCUUUAAAAGCCCCUAAUGAAGAGAACCAGGAUUACUACCACAAAUUGGUCAUCCGGCUGCACCGGGUGACCCAGCCAUUUAUUUUGAGGAGAACUAAGAGAGAUGUGGAAAAGCAGCUGACCAAGAAGUAUGAGCACGUGCUGAAGUGCCGCCUCUCCAGCCGGCAGAAGGCCCUUUAUGAGGAUGUGAUCCUGCAGCCUGGAACUCAAGAAGCCCUCAAGAGUGGGCACUUUGUCAAUGUCCUUAACAUCCUGGUGAAACUUCAGCGCAUCUGCAACCACCCAGGGCUUGUGGAGGCCAGACGGCCACGCUCCUCUUAUGUCGCAGGCUCCCUGGAGUGCCGGGCUCCCUCUCUGCUUCUCAGGGCGCUGGACAGGGACUUCUGGAAGGAAGCAGACCUCUCUGUAUUCGAUCUUCUUGGGUUAGAAACUAAAAUUACGCGCCAUGAGGCAGAAUUGCUGUCAAAGAGAAAAAUCACACGGAAGCUCAUUGAAGAAAUCUUCACCUCACCCCCGUCUUCAGUCAGACCUGUCGCUGUGAAGCUAAAGCCAAGCAGGUUGUUUCAGCCUGUGCAAUAUGGCCAGAAGCCCGAGGGCCGCACUGUAGCCUUCCCCAGCACCCACCCGCCCCGGACAGCCACACCCGCUGCAGCCCCCACCACCACGCCUCAGGGCCAGGUCCGAGGACGGCCACCCAUUGCCACCUUCUCUGCAAAUCCAGAUGCAAAAGCGGCGGCCACACAGUGUCAGCCACCCCCGGCCUCCUCCAGUGCUCCAAGACAGCAGCCCACCGCGACCUUCACCUCCACAGCUAGUGCAGCCCAUCCUGCCAGCCUGAGGGGCCCGACCUCAGCCCCGGCCUCGACCCCCGGCCCGCCCCUGCCCCCGGCCCCGGCCCCCGCGCACAACACCCCGCAGAGCGCACUGCCCCCGAGGCUGGUGCUGACCGCCCAGGCCCAGGCUCGGUUGCCGAGUGGGGAGGUGGUAAAAAUUGCCCAACUAGCGUCCAUCGCGGGGACCCAGAACCGUGUUGCUCAGCCUGAGACGCCCGUGACCCUUCAGUUCCAAGGAAACAAGUUUACUCUGUCACACAACCAGCUCCGGCAGCUGACCGCUGGCCAGCCCCUGCAGCUGCAAGGCAGUGUGCUCCAGAUCGUUUCGGCUCCUGGGCAGCCCUAUCUGCGCCCUCCGGGCCCCGUGGUAAUGCAGACCAUGUCCCAGGCCGGGGCUGUGCAUGGUGCCCUCAACGCCCUUGGAGGAAAGCCCCCAGCAGGCACCCCAGCUCCCACACCCCUGACCCCACAAGUCGGUGUUCCAGGUCGAGUGGCAGUUAACCCCCUGACUUCUGGAGACCCUGGGAUGGCCCCCAAGCCGGCCUCGCCCCUUGGAGUUCCAACUCAGGAGGAGAGGGCCAGACUAUUGAAGGAGCGGCUGGAUCAGAUCUUCCUUGUCAACGAGCGUCGCUGCUCCCGAGUGCCCAUCUACGGCCGAGAUCUGCUGGGGAUCUGCUCCCUGGCCACUCAAGGUGGGGCACCUCGGCUCAGGAAACGCGUGACGCCCUCCAGCAGCAAGAGUGACCUGAGUUUGAUGCUGAGCCAACAUGCAGAGCACCUGCAGGAUGUUACAGAUAGGGUGGCAUGUGUGAUCCCCCCUGUGGUAGCAUCACCUCCAAACCUGCGGGUGGCCAGACCACCCUCAUCCUAUAGCCGCAGGCUGCAGCUGCUCCAGCAAGGCCUCCGAGAGCAUGUGGGCCCCCACAUCCAGCAGCUGCGCCGAAUCACUGCUCCCCACCUGCUGCAGUUCCCAGAGCUCAGACUGGUGCAGUUUGACUCAGGAAAAUUAGAAGCUUUGGCCAUCUUGCUUCAGAAGUUGAAGUCAGAAGGACGCCGUGUACUGAUCUUAUCACAGAUGGUCCUCAUGUUAGACAUUUUAGAGAUGUUUUUAAACUUCCAUUACCUCACCUACGUGCGGAUCGAUGAGAACGCCAACAGCGAGCAGCGGCAGGAGCUGAUGAGGAGUUUCAACAGAGACAGGCGGAUCUUUUGUGCCAUCCUCUCAACUCACAGCCGCUCCACAGGUGUGAACCUGGUGGAGGCAGACACAGUCGUGUUUUACGACAACGACCUCAACCCGGUGAUGGAUGCCAAGGCCCAGGAAUGGUGUGACAGGAUUGGACGCUGCAAGGACAUCCACAUUUACAGGCUGGUAAGUGGCAAUUCCAUUGAAGAGAAGUUACUCAAGAACGGCACCAAAGACCUGAUCCGGGAGGUGGCAGCUCAGGGCAAUGAUUACUCCAUGGCCUUCCUGACACAGCGUACAAUCCAGGAGCUGUUCGAGGUGUCCUCACCCAUGGAGGACACGGGCUUCCCAGUGAAAGCGGAGGAGUUUGUGGUCCUCUCCCAAGAACCUUCUGCCACAGAGGCCAUUGCACCAAAAAUUGCACGACCGUUCAUAGAGGCCCUGAAAAGCAUUGAGUACCUGGAGGAGGACGCACAGAGGCCCUCGGAGGAUCUGGAGGGAGUGAGGGCAGAUGCCUCGCCGGCAGGCGCAGACCACUCAGGACUCGAAGAGGAGCCCUCACAGUGGGAGGAGCUGGCUGACUUCAUGGAGCAGCUCACACCCAUUGAGAAGUACGCUCUAAACUACCUGGAGUUGUUCCACACGUCCAUUGAGCAAGAGAAGGAGCGCGCCGAGGAUGUGGCACUUGCGUCCAUGAAGGAGUGGGAGGCCCAGAACGCGAGGACCCUGCAGGAGCGGGCAGCUCAGGAGGAGGGGCAGCAGGAGGAGCUGCUCACGUACACCCGGGGCGAUGCCUACAACAUGGAGUACAUCUGUGAAGAUGCAGACGGACAGACGGAAACCAUGCCUCUAUGGACGCCGCCCACGCCCCCGCAGGAUGACAAUGACAUCUACAUCGACUCAGUCAUGUGCCUCAUGUAUGAGGCUACUCCCAUUCCUGAGUCCAAGCUGCCACCUGUGUACGUGAGGAAAGAGCGGAAGCGGCACAAAACCGACCCCUCAGCUGCAGGCCGGAAGAAGAAGCAGCGGCAUGGGGAGGCGGUGGUGCCACCCCGCUCCCUGUUCGACCGGGCCACGCCAGGUCUGCUCAAGAUGCGCCGCGAGGGCAAGGAGCAGAAGAAGAACAUCCUGCUCAAGCAGCAGGCGCAGUUCGCCAAGCCCCUGCCCACAUUCGCCAAGCCUGCCGCUGAGCCGGGCCAGGACAGCCCUGAGUGGCUCAUCAGCGAGGACUGGGCACUCCUGCAGGCUGUGAAGCAGCUGCUCGAGCUGCCCUUGAACCUCACUGUCGUGUCACCUGCUCACACGCCCAACUGGGACCUGGUCAGUGAUGUCGUCAAUGCCUGCAGCCGCAUCUACCGCUCCUCUAAACAGUGCCGGAACCGCUACGAGAAUGUCAUCAUCCCCCGGGAGGAGGGCAAGAGUAAAAACAACCGUCCUCUGCGUACAAGCCAGAUUUACGCCCAAGAUGAGAAUGCCACCCACACGCAGCUGUACACCAACCACUUCGACCUAAUGAAGAUGACCGCGGGCAAGAGGAGCCCCCCGAUCAAGCCGCUGCUCGGCAUGAACCCCUUUCAGAAGAACCCCAAGCAUGCCUCCGUCCUGGCAGAGAGUGGGAUCAACUAUGACAAACCCCUGCCCCCAAUCCAAGUUGCCUCUCUCCGUGCAGAACGAAUCGCCAAGGAGAAAAAGGCCCUGGCUGAUCAGCAGAAGGCCCAGCAGCCAGCCGUGGCUCAACCUGCCCAGCCUCCACCUCCACCUCCACAGCCGCAGCAGCCACCACCCCCACUGCCUCAGCCUCAGCCUGUGGCCAACCAGCAGCCCACGGGGCAGCCGGCUGGCCAGGCCCAGCCCCAGCCCCAGCCCCCACCGCAACCACAGCCUGUGCAGCCACAGCCCAAGGCACAGCCGGCAAUAACCUCGGGGAGCAGCGCAGCUGUGUUGGCAGGCACUAUCAAAACCUCCGUCACGGGGACGAGCAUGCCGGCCGGCCCGGUUAGUGGGAAUGUGAUUGUGAACACCAUCGCUGGCGUUCCCGCCGCCACUUUCCAGUCCAUCAACAAGCGCCUUGCCUCUCCUGUGGCAUCUGGAGCUCUGCCUACAUCCGGGGGCUCAAACCCUGCCCAGGUGGUGCAUACCCAGCCCCGAGCAGUGGGCUCCCCAGCCACAGCCACCACUGAUCUGGUGUCCAUGGCGACAACUCAGGGUGUGCGGGCGGUCACGUCCGUCACCGCCCCGGCAGUGGUCACUACCAACCUGACACCCGUGCAGGCCCCAGCUCGGUCUCUCGUGACUCAGGUGUCUCAAGCUACAGGCGUGCAACUCCCCGGGAAGACCAUCACCCCCGCGCACUUCCAGCUCCUCCGGCAGCAGCAGCAGCAGCCUCCGCCCUCCCAGGUGCAGGUCCCACAGAUCCAGGGCCAGGCCCAGUCACCGGCACAGAUCAAGGCCGUCGGGAAACUAACCCCGGAACACUUGAUCAAAAUGCAGAAGCAAAAACUGCAGCUUCCCCAGCAAGCGCCACCACAGCCCCAGCCGGGGCCCCCGACACCCACACCACCGGUGCAGGCACAACCCCAACAGCCCCCACAACAGCAGAGCCCCCAACUGACCACCGUCACCGCCCCUAGGCCCGGGGCCCUGCUCACAGGCACCACUGUGGCCAACCUCCAGGUGGCUCGGCUUACUCGAGUGCCCACGUCUCAGCUGCAGGCUCAGGGACAGAUGCAAGCCCAGACACCCCCAACAGCCCAGGUGGCUCUCGCGAAGCCCCCUGUGGUCUCCGUGCCUGCAGCUGUAGUCUCCUCACCGGGAGUCACGACGCUGCCCAUGAAUGUGGCUGGGAUCAGUGUGGCAAUUGGGCAGCCACAGAAGGCAGCAGGGCAGACUGUGGUGGCCCAGCCGGUCCAUGUGCAGCAGCUGCUGAAGCUCAAACAGCAGGCAGUGCAGCAGCAGAAGGCCAUCCAGCCCCAGGGCACCCAGGGUCCUGCCUCUGUCCAGCAGAAGAUAACUGCACAGCAGAUUGCUGCACAGGGCCAGCAGCAGAAGGUGACCUAUGCCCCCCAGCCGGCAUUGAAGACCCAGUUCCUCACAACACCUAUCUCCCAGGCCCCAAAACUGGCUGGGACGCAGCAGGUGCAGACUCAGAUACAAGUUGCAAAACUUCCCCAAGUUGUCCAGCAGCAAACAACCGUGGCCAGCAUCCAGCAGGUUGCCACCGCAUCCCAGCAGGCCUCUCCGCAGACAGUGACGCUCACACAGGCAACCACAGCUGGCCAGCAGGUCCAGAUGAUCCCUGCAGUGACUGCCACGGCCCAGGUAGUACAGCAGAAGCUCAUCCAGCAGCAGGUGGUGACCACGGCAUCUACCCAGCUUCAGAGCCCCGGGGUCCAAAACCCAGCCCAGGGGCCGACCAACUGCGAGAGCCCCAGUCAGCAGCCCAAACUGCAGAUGCGCGUGCCUGCUGUCAGGCUGAAGACGCCCACCAAACCCCCAUGCCAGUAA